AGCUUGAUGGAAGCCGGCGCAUGCGCAGUGGCGGGACGCCCGAUCUUAAGCUCGCCGCAGCUGCCGACGGAGGCGCACUAUCAACCGGGAAGUCGUACGAGAGCGACAGCCGCCGCGCGGCGCUUCCACGACACAGCCGCGCACAGGGCCAGGCUGUGCCCUGCUGAACGGGUUCGGCACUUAGGCCCACGAUGGCGCUCUGCUGCUGGCAUCGGAAUGGCGUCGUCACCUUCGCAGCUUUCUUCACGGUGGUGGGGGUGCUGGUGAUCGCAGCGGGCCGCCUGUGGCUGUCUUGGGCGGCGGUAGCGCAGACCGCGGUCCAGCCUGGAGAGACCGGGUUGCAGUACCGAGCCAGCCCCAUCGACUUCAGGAUCUUCCGGCUGCUGAGCCGGCGCCUGGAGCGGCUGUCCGCGUCCGAGAGGGAGGCCAUCGCAGCUUCUCGGGAUCUAUACGAAGCUAAGAUGAUCGCGAUUUCGUUCGUGGCGCUGGGAGUUGUGAAGACCAGCCUGUCCAUCGUGCUGCUAGUGGCCGCCUUGAUGGAGCUGGAGCGAGUGCUGCAGCUGUUCCUGUUUGGGGGCACGCUGGUGGUGGUCGUGGCAGCAAUGCAGGUGGUGGCUGUGGAGGUGGUGCUCCUCCAAGACCGGCCAGCCAUGGAGUUCGCCAUGCCUGCCACACUCACCAUGCGCGGCGCUGCCAUCGCGCUGCCUGUGUCCGCCAUCUUGUAUCUCGGUGUGGACGUGUUGUCGCUGCUGUGCGUCCGCAAGUUCUACUGCGAGCUGAGGACGCAGCGGCUUCGGCCCUGCGUGCUGCCGCCGGCUGCACCCAUCUGAAGAAGGCUGCCACACGGCGGAUCCCGCUCAGAGGAAGUACAGUCGCCACAUCCGGCCACACUACCGAACGCGGUCUGCAGCCAAGGAAAAAGAGAGCUCCAACCUGCCGGGGGCCCUGCAGGGUCCAACGGCUGCCGCGCGCCAGUCUCGUCAGCAGUGAAUGGCGCUAGAGACUGCUCUUUUCAUGUUCUUUGUCAUUUCCAUUCCUAGUCAAUAAAUAACGUAGACUUGAUUGUAUACGGACGUAACUAAGUAAAUGUUCGAGAGGUCUGAUGCUCGUGUUUCACUGUGUCGCAGUAGAUGUCACUCAACUGUUUCAUAAACCACGCGUUCAAUUUGGACAACAUCUGUAGAGAAUUCGAAUCAAAUAACCGCAGCAGUAUGAAAAUACCCCCUAAUGAAAACAGGUUCUACAGGUUAGACGCUUCCCUUCAAAAAUAUUUUUAGUUCGCACCUCUAUGUUGGUUGGUGAUUAAUCUCCGAGUAAUGUCUCAAGAAAUAGUGUGACAUAACUCCACAAUCAUGUCCCAUUCAAAGCAAAGUUCCCCGAGUCUUGUAUAACAAUCCUUUUAUUUGAGAAUGCUUGCACGAAGAAGCCAUCCUCAUUAUCAAUUUUCUGUUAUGUUAGCAAAGUUCCUUGUGUCUCCUGUAUGGCGGUCCAGUUCUUCCUUUUUAAAACUGCUGCGUGAGCUGCUUUCCAACACAUCGUCCAGUAUCUCAAAUGUCUUCCUCCCUCGCCUCCUCUGCGCCUCCACAUACUCUUCUAAACCUGUCUUUGUAACACCCUACUCCCUAUCCAUUUAGUUUUCCUUUUUUUUUUCUCAUACUCAACAACUCUGGUCUCCUACGCUUCUCAGUACCCCUCCAUAAUCUACCCUUGCCAUACAACUUUUUUUUAUUUGCAUUAUCUCCGUCGUCCACAAGAUGGCACUCGUGCUCUAUCUUUCUUCCUCACGUUCCAAUUUCCAGUAGCACACAAGAGGAAAACCCAAUAAAGUACUUCAUCAAUCUUUCCGUCAAAUCUUUGUUCAUACUGCAGCACAAAACUCUCUUCUGCUUACAAAAUACUUUUGCCGUUGGUAUCAUCGUCAUCAUGAUCUUGAAUAGUUUUCAUUCCUAAGCUGGGUCUGUUUGCAACAUAAGCCUCUCUUCUUUGUUCACUCUGCUCCAGGCCUUGCCUUUUAUUUUUAACAUACUCCUCCACAUCUUUCACCCCUCUGUUUCUUCGUCUUCUUCUUGGUUGUUUCCUUCGCACAUCCAUUUCAUGUGUCUUGUUGGGAAUCCUCUUGUUUCCUAUUCUCUACAAGUGUCCAUACCAUCUUAGCCAUCAUGUUGCUAUCCUGCUCUGCAAAGGUUCCAUAGUCACCAUUUCCAUUAUCUUUCAUUCCUCGUCUUCUCCCUCCUUGUUACUCCUGCCCUAUUUUUGAGGAACUUCAUUUCACCUGCCUCUAAUCUGCUUACAUCUCUUUUCUUCAUUACCCAUGUUUCCGACGCAUAGGUCAGCAACGUAAUGUAGUAACUUCUAUAUAUUACUUCUUUACUUUUUGUGGGACGCCUUUAUUCCAAACCGCGCUCCUAACAUGUCUCAUGGAUGCUUCUGUCUCUGUGCCACUUCCACUGAUCUCUUUCUCAUUUCUUCCACUCUCUUCUAUCACGCUUCUCAAGAACGUAACACAUUCUAUCUUCUGCAAUUGUUCACUUCCAAUCCUUAUACUGCUAUUUAAUGUAUCUUUCUUUCUAGCUGCAACCAGGGUCUCACAUUUGUUUACUUUGAAUUUCAUUCUAUACCAUCUCACAUUUCUUCCCAAGCACCCUGCUCUUCCUCUCUCCUCCUGCGUGUUACCGCAGAUCAUUAAGUCAUCGGUGAACACCUCUGCCUUCAUCUUGUCUUCUUCAGCCAUUGGUAUCCUGGCUCAAAUUUCUGAGCUUCAAUUCCUACCCGGUUUCUAUUCUGCUUCCUAGUUAUUUGAAGUUUUGCACGCGCUCAUCAUUAUCUUUCCCAUCUUAUCUUCGCCUAAUGCCGUUACUUUUGUUUUCCUUGCAUUAAUAUUCUUUCCAUAUCUCUCUCCUUUACAUUCAAUGGCAUCUACCAUCUCGUGUAAUUCACGGUGCUAAUGUCCAGCGUUUAGGAUGGUCACAAACGCACGCAUUAGUUAAGUACGACGUAACAGUUCUUGUGUGCCUGAUGUCAUCGGGAAAAGAAACCGUACCAUCAAUACUAUAUGCCACGGAACUGUAGAAUAAAUACGAAGAAGAUAUGUACUAUACAGGAUACAGAGCAUGGCAUAUUUUUCCAAUUGUCGCAACAUACUAACUACAAGUGACAUGUACUGAAGGUAAACACUUCUGGAAGACCAAGCAGCGUCCGAGCGCUCUUCAGUUUCUUCUCCGAAUUCCACGUUUAGGCUUGCCUGCUGUGGACGUCCUGGGGAGGCUUCUUCUGCAAUCCACGGGUGGUUGCACACUCCUGAAAGCCAUGUCGCGUUCAGUCAUGAAAUAAUGAUACGCUGCUCUUUUCUUCUGAAGGAGUGCAGCUGUUGAGUAAAAUUUCUUCCACUAACCUAUAAUAGGCCGGAGUCACUGGGUAGGCGCUGUCUGUUUAUUGUAUCAGUUUCAUAGCUAAUUUUAUAUCAUCAUUUGCUCUGUGGCAUUGAAUCGCAUCAGACCGUCUCACCUAUAUUACAAUUUGUACAGACAAUAUAUGCCCUCUAGAAGACUGAUUUUCUUAGAAAUAAACUUAAUCAAGACGGGUAGCAGAUAAACCCAUAUACUUAUUUAUUUAUUGUUUAUAGCUAUUUGUAUAAUGAAGACUGUUGUUUCGCAAAAUUAAAAAUAAAAUAAAGAUUACGAUAUCUGUUUUCAACA